GGACUGCAGACAGAGUGGCAUUGUAACAAAGGUGUUUCAGGUGGGCUAUGAGCCACCAAAUACAGUCUCUUCAGAAAACCAUGUUGAAAAUGUUCUCAAAGAUUCUUCCAAGCAGGAAUUGAAAAAUGGAUUUGUGGGAUCAAAACUAUGGAAGAAAUAUAAGAAUGCUGAAAAUAAACAGAAUUGGAAUGUUAACCUUAGAAAGUCUGCAGAAUAUAGUAUUAAUCUGCCUAUUGAUAAAAGCCAUUGUGUUCCCCAGCGCAUGCGCAGUGGAGAUAAAGCCCCUCCUCUGUCCACUCAGAAAGGGGAGACCAUUUCCUGCUCCAAGUGUGGUCGCGGGAAUCGCCGGGAGGCUUGCUUCUGUGACUGGUGUGGAUCCACGCCGGGCAUUUCUGCUUGCUACUCUGUUUGCCCUAAAUGUGGGGCCAGCAAUCACCCAUCUGCCCGAUUCUGUGGUUCCUGUGGUAUUUACGUGAAGUCCUUGGCAAGACUUAGCCUGGACAACAGCCUGGCUCUAGCUGCUGGAGAACUUGGCCCUUUUGCUGAGCCCCGAUCUGCCUGGCAGUCCCUAAAUGUUCCUUUACCCAGACCUGAUGCUGGGACUCGGAAGGACGUGGGCACACAGACUGCUGGCCUGUUCUACCCAUCUGGCGCGCUACUAGCCAAAAAGGAACAGGAAAUGGCUUCUCAGAAGCAGAGGCAGGAGAAGAUGAGUGACCAUAAACCUCUCCUCACAGCUGUCAGCCCAGGAAGAGGGUACUGGAGAAAACAGUUGGAUCAUAUCUCUGCCCACCUCAGGUCUUAUGCUCAGAACAACCCUGAAUUCCGGGCCUUGAUUGCAGAACCCAGAAUGGGAAAGCUUAUCUCCGCUACUGUCCAUGAAGAUGGCUGUGAAGUUAGCAUCCGGCUGAAUUAUAUUCAAGUAUCCAACAAGAACCUUUACCUGAGCAAGGCCGUGGAUUUCAGCAGCCACUUUCUGAGCAGUGUCACCAAGGGUGGUGAUGGGCCAUUUGGCAGCAGGUCCAGCUUGGUGAGUGACUACAGCCAGAGCACCUCAGACACCACUGAAAAAGUCAAGAGGACAAAGAAUUUCAAGACCAAAAAGUUUCAAGAAAAGGAGCAGCUCACAGUAUGUGUACUCCUUUGUCCUUAUAGCUGUCUUCUUAGGCCUAUCUGUUGA